CUGCUCUUUAUCAUUCAAUGAAAAUGAAAGGAUGUUCAAGAAACGAAAAGGGAGAAUACUUAAUUGCCAUUCUGCCGUCUUUCUAAUCUCAUUCUUGCUUAAGAAUUAAAUAAGUAAAGAUAAAAAUAUUAUCCUGACAUCACUGGCAUCAGACCUGGAGGGAUGUGUUGAGAAGGUGAUGUCUGUCUGUGCAAGUGUGAGUGAAAUUUCACAGCCUCCCGUGAGUAGACGACGAUAUUCAAUGCUAAAUCAACUAAUACUACUACAAACUACAUCAGAAUCUAAGCAGUUGAAUUAAUAUUGUAGAUAUAUGUAAUAAUCUAUAAAGAACAUUUGCAAGCAAUUAACUUUCCCGCCUCUACACGUAAAAAUAAUUCCACAAGAUGUCGCCAACAUUCAGAUAAGAGGAAAGGCUGUCCGGUGUCUGGUGUGUCUAAUAUACUUUUGUGCCUGCUUUUCUAUACCAUUUUCUUCUGUUCUUUCAGUACUACAUUACAAACCUAUUUGUAUUCCUAUCCACCAUCAUGUAUUACCUUAUUCUUCAAAUCCCAAAAGACAGCAAUAUAGCCUGUUGAACGUUUGUGUCUGUGGAAAGCGAACUGAAGUGUGGUCACUCCAUUGAGUCUGGACGAGGGCGGCGCUCUCCUCAACACUUCACUGAGGGGAGCACACGAAACGUGGACACUGGGGAACGGACUGAUGAUGGAGAGACAUUUACCUUCUCGGUCUUUAGAAAGCCCGUUCUUUUAACCCUUCAGUGUCCUCUUCUGGAGAGGAAGAGCUGUCAUGGGAGACGCGCGGCACUUCACGCGCAUCUGGAUUGAUGGGGAGCCGCGAAACUUCGCAGCGGGAGGAGAACAUCACGAGCACGCGUGUCCAGCGCGCUAGAACGAUGGAACGCGGACGCGAUACACUGUAACAAAGACUCCCAUUAGGGACCAUUACAGACCAGUCUAUGCCAUGAGGAGUCAGAAGUCCCGUGGUCAGACAUCAGCCACACCUUCCCGCCAACGCUUGCCACGUUUCAGUCUUCACUCCAGAAGAAAGAAGGAAGGUGUAAUCCAGGGAAAACUGCGUAUCCGUUCCAUGCCGGGUGCCUUUCUGGUGCUUGGGGUGGUGGUUGUUGUUGUUGGCACUGCGCUUGCCGUGGCAGGCUACUGGCCGUACAGGGCCCAUCGAUCAUCAGUGGACACGACAGAGGAAGGAUCCUCUGGAAGUGCAUCAGGAUGGGGAUUAGGGUCCAAAGGACUGUUUUCAGCGGCAAGUUUGGUUCAUAGUGAAAGGAUGAAACUACUUGGACCUGUCAUUAUGGGAGUGGGACUCUUCAUACUUAUUUGUGCCAAUACAGUACUCUAUGAGAAUCGGGACAGGGAAACUCAAAUGCUUCUGGCGCAGAUGCGGAGCGUCAUUUGCUCUGUUUCUGCAGCCGUGCCUUCGGCAGACCUCUUGCAGGUGAACUCUCUUGCCAGGCACUACCAAUGGGUCAGCAGUUUACCUGCAGCCCACCUGAAUAUCCUCUGCCUCCAAGAAAUGUCCAGUUCAGAGCCUCUACUACAAGUGAAGAGCAUGGAUGAGGAGGACAGCGUUCAGCAGCAAGAUACAGUGCACACUGAGGUUCUUCAUCAUCAGGACUCUUCCUCCACACCCUCGAUCCACUCCUCCAACUCUUGCAACGACAGCAAAGAGGUUUUUUGCACAGAGGAACGGGGGACCAACUCUCCACUGGAUCUGCGGCAAGAAAGUCACUUUGGACUGAGCAACUGUAUGACCGCAUCCUCUAUGUCCACUCUGGGUGGGGAGGACUUGGAGAUCUUCUCCAUCCCAUCCAGACGCUCCUACAGCAUGAGCCACAGGACUAAACCAUAUAUACUGCCCAGGGAUCUGGUGUAUUCAGAGGACAAGCCUGUGUCUUCUAUGGGUCACUAUAGACUGCUUCCAAGGCAGUCCAGCUCAGAGGUGUAUGUGAACAUGGUUGGAGCUGCCGUUACAAGCCUUGACGUUAUACCUGUAGAAGAGCAGAGACACCGCAGCUGGCCUCGACUAGAUCUCGGAAGCGCCAGGAAGUAUCUCAAGCUGGAGAACAAAGAGGACUCUGUGGAGAAGUUACUGGAACAGCUUGAGCAGCAAUGCUUGCAGUUUAACAAAAGCUAUGGCUCAGGCCCCUUCCAGUGAGCCGAGGUUUAAUCAUUACUUCAAGGUUAAUGGCUUGCCAGAUCCCAUGGUAAUAAGAAGGAGCCUUAUAUAGUGAUAUAGACUUGGAAUAACCCAACCUACAAAUGGGCACAAGUUUCCAGUGGAUACUGUUUGCACAGUUUCUGGAAUCCCUCGAGGUCAACUAAUUUGCUAAUUUCCAAGACCUAGCCAUUUAUCUCACUUGACUAGUUUUGUAACUAGCUUGUUUUGGGGAUUUAAUUAGCUUUUGUAACUAGCUUGUUUGGAGACUUGAUGGAAUGGAAAUAUAAACACACAUCCUGAAGGAAGCUAGGGAUGGAGAUAUUUUACACUCAUGGGAAUGUGCUAAACAGCUUGUGAUGUCAUAGAUGAUUGGAUGGAUUCCAAUUGGAGGGAUCCGUUUGUUAUUGUUGCUAAAGCCCUACUUGUUACUAGGACACAGCAAGUGAAAUUUCUUAAUCUACGAGGUAGAAUAAACAAAGACCUCGGCAGUGACUAGAUUCAAAGUAAACACAUUUAUGACGUCUGAAUUCAGGUCAGCCAAAAGCAUGGCUCUGGUUUUGAUAGUUCUGAAGGCCAAAACAUAAAUAAAUGGAGAAUUUCUGGUUAUUUGACCCAUAAAUGGAUUCAAACUGCGUGUCUACUAUUGGAGUGUCCAUUAGAGUUCACUUGUAUGGUUAAAGUAAUGCAACCUCAGUUGCAGUGUCUGUUAAUAUUUCGUCUAACGUUUCCUUGAGUAUCUGUUCUUCUUGUGUUUCACCUUUCUUCCGUCUCUGCCUGCCGGCAGUAAAACAGAAGCAUUGACAAUGAGGGCACAGUGCCCUCUUGGCUUCAUUAACUAAGGUGAUCAGUCUUUUUGCAUGCACUAAUGCGGGUACAUAAUUGAUUUCCCUUUAAAGGGUGGAGCUGGAGCGAUCCCCUCUUUGCAAUGCGAAUGUGUAACUUCACUCUGUUUACAAAAAUAAGGCAGUCACCCAUCUCUGUUUCGUCUGUGUAGCCUGUUUUGGUGUUAUUUGCUGUGGGUUCUCAAUGUAUACUGAGCAAUAUCCACAGACUAACUGACCAAUCAGUGAUCAGAACCUUUACGCCACCUUUGGACUGAAUCCCAUGCCUGUGUUGCAAAUAAAAGGCAAAACAAAACCACUUUAAAUGUAAGUGAUUGUUUGCUGUCCGUGAUUUUACGUUAAUGCAAGGUAGCAUCAGAGGGUCAAGGUGUGGCAUGUUAGCCUCUGCAUUUUACCUCCUGCUGGUAGAUGCUGUAUCAAAAAUCUUCUUUCUCUGUCAAUGGACAAUCAUAUGCAACAUAUAAAUCAAAUUUUUUAGCAGGGACAGUUUUUAGUUCUUAUAUACAGUGAUCUAUCAUAUGACAUUUUCAGCUCAGACUGUCUCAUAAAAAAGAUUCUGAAAUUGAGUAUAUAUGAAAGGUGACAGUAUACUGGUUAGAAAAUAUCUUUUAGAAUGACAUUCAAUAUCUAACAAAAACAAUAACAUUAUUGUAAUAUUUGCAUAUUGCAUUGUGAUUGGUCUUCUGUCUUAAAUCUAUUUGCAUACUGACUGAUUGUUCUUUUUUUUUUCUUUUAACCAUCCAUAGUCACUAGAGGAGUAGAGUUGUGUGUUGUGCACAGACAACAAAUAUCAAGGCACAUAUAAUUUAAUUUGCUUGAUGCAGUAUUUUAUUUACUUUAGCCAAAGCCUAAAAACUAAAUUUAUCAGGAGGUAACUGUACUAUUUUAACUGAUCAAAUUCAAUUAAGUUCUAUAAUAAUUCAUAAUUAAAGGAAAGAAAGCAUUUGUUUUCUCAGAAAAAGCAAAACAUCUGGACAGGAAUCCCUGUUGUUUAAAGGUGCAGAGAGGCGUAAUGGAGCAGAACUCUUUGUUCUUUGUUAGAUGUGUAUGUGUAAGGAUUAUGAAUGUUUGAUGUUACGGCCUUAAAAGCAAGGUCUGAUUCAGCGAUGAUGGAUGAAAGCAGUGUGAAAGAGGUUUGCUUUCCAAGGUGCUUUUAUUGAUAUUAGGCUACUCAGACAUUCUAUAUUUUUUUUCUACCCAAGUUUAAGAAAUUAAUUCAGCUUAAACUUGUACAAACUCCCUUUAAACUUUUCAACAUUCUAUAGCCUACAAAUUUCAGAUUAAAGUCUAAAAAUCUCCUUUUUGUUAGAACUGAAUUUGCAUAAUGAAUUAUGAUUGAUCUUUUUCUUCUUACGUCUAUUUACAGUCUUCACUAAAUGUUACUAUCAAUCUUUCUCUCCCUGUUUCUUAUUUGGGUUUACAACAUUUCUAAAUAUCAUGUCGGUUCUUUAUUUGCUGCUUUUCCAUCAGGAAAUGCAAAUCUUAUUUUUUGCAAAUCUUAUAUGUUGUUGCUUUUACUGAUAAGGACAAUGGAAGAAUAAAACUCAAAUUCAUAUCAUAAGCCUCAAUGUAUGAUAAAUGUCUAGGGAGCACACAAUGUUUUCAAAGUGUAAAAAAUACAGCUUCCGACCGAUCUCCAUUACUUUUGAAUUACUCUUACAAAAUCUCUUAAAUAGCUCUGCUCCUAAAUACUAGAAUAUGGAAAUAAUUACCACAGUAACAAAAAACUGUUGUUCUUUUUUUCAUUUUUUCUGUUGUUUCCCAGGGCAAAUGCCUAAGGAUUCUUAAACCAAGAUACAUUUACUUAAGAAGCAAAAUGACACAAGAAGUCUUGUUUUCUGUGAAAAAUCAAUAUAAUGCAAAGGGGAAAAGUGUUUUUCAUACCCAUUGACAAAAUUGGUUAUUUUUAUGCAUAAACUUUGUUAAUUUUGUUCAUUUUCUUAGAAAAGCAAGACUUUAUAUCUUCAUUUUGCAGUCUCAAGUAAAUGUAUCUUGCUUUAAGGAUGUUUAGAUAUUUGUAUUGGAAAACAAAUCUAAAUAUACUCAGGAAGAUAUUAAUUUUUUGCAGUGCAUGCAACAUUUAAUGCCAUGACUUUAUGAAUUUAAUACUUUCUGCUUUGAUUCAAGAUCUUUUUAAAGUCUAAAUGAAGACUUUGUAAGAGCAGCAGAAACCUUAUUUAUUUGGCACAGCUGAUUUUGAUUGCUUCAUUAGUAGAGUCUCUGACCUGCACUCAGUGUGUCACAUAACUUAAAUUAUGAGUCCCACUCUAUUUCAGUUAUCCUGCCAGCAACCAUUAUUACUUAUACAAUUGAGUUCCUGUAGCUCUACUGGUAGAGCAUGGCACUGGCCACGGUUUCUUUCUAAAGGAAACACACACUAAAUGACAUGACAUUUCGAGCCGUGCCCUGCAGUGUGACAUGCUACACUUCAUCUCAAACCAUUGUACAUGCUUGAACUGUUUUUUAUUCUCAGCUGUUGCUCAGACAAGUUUCACAGAACAUGGAAUGAACUGGAGAUUUCUGUAUACAGCACAAUUUUCAGUAUGUUCAGCAUAAAAAAAUUAUUUAAUUUUUACACAGCCUUUAAUGAAGUGUGACUUGCAAAGUAUUUUUUAAUCUUUUCCUUUCUUGAAGCGAUUUCUAAAUUAAGCAGCAACAUGAAACUGAAAAAAAGAAAAAAGAAAUCAGAAUCAGGGUUAUCACUUUUCACAGACAAUAUGGUAAUGUUACUAGCAACACCGUUAUUGAUAUGUAAAUUAAUAAAUGUUGUGUUAUUAAUAUGAAUUUACCUUGAAGGAAAAGGUAGAUGUUCUUAAAUGAUUUUCCACACAUUCAUUUGACACAUAGUUUACUUCCCAAAUAUAAUCUAGUGAUUAAUCUAAAGAUCCUAGAAAAGGAUGAAAAUACAACUUGUAUCCUCUCUGUGAAAUUUUAUCUUGACACACAGUGAGACACACACACACACACACACACACACACACACACACAAUGAUUAUUGGAGUAUGUUUUACAAAAAAUAAUGAUAAUAUUUCAGUUUUUCUACUUUAAAUUCAUAUUUAAUUCAAUGUGUUACUUGCUGUCUCUGUGUAAUUUAUUUUAACUGAGUUAAAACAGUUUUAAAGAAAAUUCUACACCAACCUUUUUUCAUGUAAAUCUAUUCAAACAAUCAGGACUUAUGACUUACAAAAGUAUGAUAAUUUGGCAGAUCACAAUAACUUGUGUUAUUAUGCAUGCAGCUUUUAUUAUUAAAGAAUAUAGAAUAUCACUAGAAUAUUAGAGAAUGUUACAGAAACUUGUAUGUUUCCAUCCUUACAAAAAAACAUGCAAAAUUGGUACAAAACUUCAUCUGUAUUAAAUCAAUGUUUCAUAAUUAAUGAUAGUCCUUUAACCUAAAUAUUUACCAAAAUAUUGGCAGGUUUGGCUCAGUAAGCUUCUGUAAUGGAAGAGGAAGGAGGGAGGGGAAGAGAAAUUCCCCUGCUGUAAUUAUCCUCAGCAGUGUUUUUGUCAGGGGCCAACCCUUAUUAGUUUUUAUGGCUCCUUCCGGGCAGGUAUGCAGUCUCUCGUGAUCUCUUCUCAUUUAAUUGGUCAUUUACAAGAUGGCUUCUGGGAUUCUAACAGCUUGUAAAGCUAGCAGUUAAGACCCAGGCAUUUUUUCACCAAAAAUUCAAAGAGGAAGAGUUGUAUGUAUGUGGAGAUGAAGCAGAGUAGAGGACUAAAGCACAGAACUGUUAUUUGUGUCUGUGUAAAUUUGAAUAUGAUGGUUCAGGCAAAUGGCAAUGCUUCCCAGUUGGCACUAUAUACAGCUACUGUGUCAACUGGAUGAAAAUAUUCUAUACUGCUAUAUCACUGUAUAUAUAUGUGCAUAUAUCAGAGGGCAGGACUGCUUUAUCUUACAACAUAGAAACAUUAAGCCAUGUGAAAAUACAGAGCGUGUCCCAAACAAGAUGAUGAUAAACAGUGUGACUAUUUGACACAAUGCAAAGUGAAGUUUGGUUAUUGUUUCUCAUUACUGAGCAACUUUGUAAUUUGCUUUAAUAUUCUGAUGCAGUAAAAUGUUGUUUAUUUAUGUUGUUAAUUUGGAUUUUGGCUAUACCACCCACUCCUAGCUGCCUAUGUUAUCUUACUUAUGCUGUCUUUUUCAACAAUUGUGCCGCCAUUAAUUUGGCAGAUUUGUUGAGAUUUAUGGCAGUCUUGGAACAUGGUCUUCAUCUCAGAUAAAUUGGCAUGGCAAUGUAGCUUGUGCUUUACCAGAUACAUUCUCCUCUGGCGCAGGGUAAUUAGCUACCCUCAGCAUCUGCAGUACAUUAAAAAAAGGUUUAGUAAAAGCUUGCACGGUUUCAGAGGUCCUCUCUGCACUUUUAACAUGUGACAGAAAUGCGUUAAAAACAACACCUCUCUGCUUUAAACGCAGAGUUUGGGAAACACAGUCUGCCGUUUACCCAGAGAACUGCAGGUCACAGUAUUUUUAAAGUGGAAUAUAGUUUUGAACAAUACGUCAUGUAACUCAGCACUUAGGGUUAAAACAUGCUUUUUGAGUUGGUUUAUAUGUGUGUGUUCAGUAUGUUAGCAGGAGGGUCGUAUAAACGGCCUGGGUGUAAUUGUUUUUUACUGCUGCAGGUCCCAGAGGCACAGUCUCCUUGGCUUGUGUGCGGCCAGUCAAUGGGAUCCAGGUUUGAUUCAGAACUAUUUCAUGUUUUGGCGAGUUAGUAUGAUGCAUGCUGGUUAAAAACCUGUCUGAGUGUCUGAUGUCAUGCAAAAACUCUGCGACCAGUUGCAAAAACCAUGCGUAGUUGCUCUCUCUGAAGGUACGAUGGGAAACGGCUUGAUGACGACGAACACAGCUUAAUGUUCAUUGGUUUAAACAACCGUGAUGAAUUGUUGUCUUCUAAAAUGUUUAUAUUGUACGUCCUUGUGUGUAAAUUAUGUCUGAAUAUUCUAAAAUACUUUGACAGUGCGAUCUCUCUAUGGGAUAUGUCAUAUUUUCUAAAAAUGAAUGGAAAACUUGUUUUUCAGUUGGAAUUAAAUAACAAGUACUUUUGA